AUGAAGAUUACAAUUAUUUGUUUAGUUUUGUGCAUAGCGGUCGUAUAUGGAGGAAAUGAUAUCAGAUGUCCACCAACGCCAGCCCCAUGGUUGUGUAAUGGAGGACAUGAAUGGUGUGGAUGUGGGAGCUUUUGCGAUGUAGAAUGCGGAAAAAUUGGCGAAGACUGCCCAAUUCAAAAUAUCAAAUGCACAGAUCGUUGCUAUUGCGAUCCUGGAUAUGCAAGAGAUGAAUUUUGCAAUUGUGUUCCUUUCGAUAAAUGCGACAAUUGGAAAUGCAACGGAGGAAAUGAACACUACGCUUGUGGAAGUCAUUGUGAUGAAGAAUGCGGAAGACUUAACCAAACCUGUCCAAUUAUAAAUAUCAAAUGUGUGGAUAGAUGCUAUUGUAAUGAAGGAUAUGCAAGAGAUAACCGUUGUAAAUGUGUCCCAAAAGAAUAUUGUAAUUCCUGUUAA